AUUUUAUCACGUCAAGUAUUAGAAAAUCUACUCGGUUUAGAUCCAGCUAGUAUUCCACCAUGUGAUCCAAUUCCUAGUUCUGAUCCAGCUAUUGUAUUUGCAUAUACUAAACUAUUAUGGUGUGUCGGUGCACAUGAAGAAGCUCUGUCGUCAUCAACAUCAGUUUUUCAAUUUCUCUCACCGAAUCUAUUAAAUACCAAUGAAACGUUAGAUAGUUUAGAUUCAAGACAAUUAGAAAUUCAAUUGAUAAAUGAACGAAAAGAAUUAAGACGAUUAUUGGCAAAAUGUUGUCUGAAAUUAGGUUCAUGGUAUUCUGAAUUGUAUACACGUUCACCGCCAUCUGGUUGUGGUGGUGGUGGCGUUGGCGGCGUCAACAGCACCAGUAAUCAUUCAGUCAUAGAUAAUCAUCAUUUGGCUAAUUCAAAUUCUAUAUUUACUAAUACAAAUGGAAAUGGUUUACAAUUUUCUGUUGCUGCAGCAGCACGUACAUUGUCCAAAGUGAAUUCUUCAAAUAAUAAUGAUACUCUAGUAGAGAAUAUUUAUUCAUCACGUAGUAAUGGAGUUACAAUGCGUACAUCAAUUCAUCAUUCGAAUAGUCUUACAGUUGGUUCACGUGAAUCUACCACCAUUCAUCGUAAUGGUGGUGUUGGUGGUAGUAGUGCACGAAUGCGUCGAACUGGUUCCACUAACACCACUACUAAUACAGGCAGUGGCAGUGGAACAUCAGUAGCCCUAGUUAAUGAUAAUAUCGCUGCUUCAAGUAUCUCACAAACAUGGGAAGAAAGUCAAGCUUUCGUGAUUCAAUGUUAUCAAACUGCUACAUUACAUGCACCAGAAUGUCGUAAUACAUGGCAAUCAUGGGCUAUGGCAAAUUAUGCUGUAUUCAAUCAUUUAGAUACAUUGAAAGCAUGUUUAGAACGAGCUGAAUUGGAAUUGAAUAAAGCCGGUGGCGGUAUUGAUUCUCAUAGUUCAUGGGCAUCACGUCGUAAUUUCUCAUCUUCCACUGGAAUUCAUGGACCUGGUACUAAUCAAAUACAGCCAUUGAAUUUCCCCGCUGGUAAUAUGUCAUCAAAUUUUGCUGCAUUACCUCCCCCGAUAGCAGAACUUGUACGUGCCAAGGCGGAUUUACAACGAUGUAUGGAAUUACAUGCUGCACCAUCAGUGAGAGGUUUUGUUAAUUCAAUUAGUUUAUCACCAACUGCUAAUUUACAGGCAAGUUCAAUUUUUUUCCCGAACUUCGUGAUCUUCAUAACUCAAAAGGUUAGAAUUUAA